UUCGAUUUUACGUGAUGACGUCGUGGAGGCUCAGCUAUGAUGGCAGCCGUAGGUUGACAUCAAAACGAUACAGAAUAUUAAGUAUCUCAAAGUUAGCGGGAAAGCCCCGACACAAUAACACAGAACACAGUAACAUUUUUCAGAUAGCACACGCGCUAACACACACCUGCCCGGUUAGGGGAACGGUAAGUUACCGAAGCAACGUCCACCUUUGCUGUAUCAAAGUGGAGCCCGGUGUGUGCCUGCGCUGCGACUUCAACUCGUUUGUUUCAUGUUUUGCAUACACUCCUGUUAAAUUGUGACGCUAGCUGUUUAGCUGGGGAGGCUAACAACAGCAUAAACAGCGUUCAGUCCACGCUCCCCACUGGUGUUCAGCGGUUCUGCGUGGAUAACCUCCUAACCGGUAACCUAGCUAGUCAGAGAGCAGCUGUGGAGCCGAGCUAAUGUUUGUUGAACACGUCCCGUUUGACACGCCGCUCUCCCACUGUGCUCCUGCCAUGCUAACGCUCUGCUGAAAUGUGCUGCGAAACAAUUACUGUCGCUGUGAAAUGUAAGAUUUCCUGGCGUUUGUGUGACUUUGUUGAAAAGUCACUGGACUGGUUAUAAAUGGCCUCCUGCUGCAAACCAAAAGUCUUAUUAGUGGAGAGUUUUGGUUAUCUAAGGAAGCUGCAGCUAAAUUUCACCCUGACAUGACAUGUUGUCCACCAAACAGCAGCUCCCUGAAUCACUGGCCUGUAUGUUCUCUGCGUUGUGCUUGAAGCGGCACUAUGCCCGCAGCCACUGUGGAUCACAGCCAAAGAAUAUGUGAGGUUUGGGCCAACAACCUGGAGGAGGAGCUGAAGAGGAUCCGACAGGUCAUCCGAAAAUACAACUAUAUCGCAAUGGACACGGAGUUUCCGGGCGUCGUAGCCAGACCGAUUGGGGAGUUCAGGAGCAACGCUGACUACCAGUACCAGCUGCUGCGCUGCAACGUGGAUCUGCUGAAGAUAAUACAGCUGGGCCUGACAUUCAUGAACGAGCAGGGAGAAUAUCCUCUAGGAACGUCAACGUGGCAGUUCAACUUUAAGUUCAACCUCACAGAAGAUAUGUAUGCACAGGACUCCAUCGAGCUUCUGACCACUUCAGGGAUUCAGUUCAAGAAGCACGAGGAGGAAGGCAUCGAGACGCUGUACUUUGCAGAGCUGCUGAUGACGUCCGGAGUGGUGCUGUGUGACGGCGUCAAGUGGCUGUCUUUUCAUAGCGGCUACGACUUUGGAUACCUGAUCAAGAUCCUGUCUAACGCCAACCUGCCCGAGGAGGAGGUGGACUUCUUCGAGAUUCUCCGCUUGUACUUCCCGGUCAUUUAUGAUGUCAAGUACCUCAUGAAGAGCUGCAAGAACCUGAAGGGCGGGCUGCAGGAAGUAGCUGAGCAGCUGGAGCUGGAGAGGAUCGGACCGCAGCACCAGGCUGGCUCGGACUCUUUACUCACCGGCAUGGCGUUCUUCAAAAUGAGAGAGAUGUUCUUCGAGGAUCACAUCGACGAUGCGAAGUACUGUGGCCACCUGUACGGGCUGGGCUCGGGCUCCGCCUACGUGCAGAAUGGAACGGGAAACGCCUACGAAGAGGAGGCCAACAAGCAGCAGUCGUGACAUCGCCGGAGUCCCCCACCGUCCCACAGUCCGGCACGACUCCGAGGCGGCGUUAUUUAGCUGUCUUUUUUUUUUUCUUCUUCUUCUUCUUCUUCCCCAUCGGCCGCGCCGUUCUCAGACGAGCGAACAAGAAGCGCGGCCGUUCCUCGUCCGCGCCGCGAGCCGCAUGCACGAGUUUAGUCUUUUAUCCCUCGCGAGGCGGCGCCAAGACGACACUCAUUUUGGUUCGGUUUGAGCACGCCUGAAAAGAUGGGAUUUUUAGUUUUCCUCAAGUGUUCUGAAGACAUGUUUUUUGCACUUUACGAAAGAAAAAAAAAAAGCAAGAGAAAAAAAACGAAAGGAGAAGAAGCUCUAACCCCGACUUUAUGCGGGAACGCUGAACACGUUUCCGGUGCGUCUCCGUUGCCUUCCGUGUUCCUGUUUUGUUUACAUCGUGAACACAUCUCCCACCGCCGCGAAAGCAGCUCUCGCCACGCUCGGCCUUAACAAUAGCAGCGCUAUUUUCUUUUAAACCUUUUUAAUUUAUUGCGCCGGUUACGUCGACUAGUGACCCUAUUCAACACUAAGCAACAACAACAAAAUAUAAAUGAAACGGUCCAGCAAUCCGGACGGAUGGAGACGGAGAAGUCCUCGCCGAGUGCGUUUCGCCGACACUUGAAUCUUUUGUUCUUGAUUUGUUCACGUGACGAGAAUGUUUGCAUCGACCUGAAUGAGCUCUGAUUUCACUGUGAGAAACGUCUCCUCCACAUCCAAUCAUUUCUGUCUUUCUUUUGGUUUGUUUUUCCUUGUCGUAGGAACCGCAUGCAUCCAGAUGCUUUUAACUCGGAGGAACGCGUGCCAUUUUUGUGAGUGUGUGUGUGGGCGUGUGUGUGUGUCAACGCUCUCGCUGGCAGUCAGAUGCAUGAGCUCUGUUUGUAUCAACCGGUGACACAAGCAGCCUUUUCCGUUAAACAAACCCAGUAGGACAUGCUGACGUCAACCUGAACUACUCUGCUCGGAGUACGUUUUUCUUUUAUUGUUUCAACGAGAUAAAAGGGAGGGGGAGAAAAAAAAAACCCUGUUCUUCGAAGUGGUAGUUCACACCACUCGAGUUGUGGAAUGCCUCCUUCCUGUGAAGUUGUCCGGUUUCGGGCGCAGAACGGACCGCAUGCGUUUAAAAACGUCGGACUCGAAGCGGACUUGUUGUUCGGUUCCCACAUCCUGCUUCUAGGCGUGUUAAGGUCGUAGGUUAGCGGCUUCAUAUUGACCUCUGCCUCCGAACGUGACGUUGCCCUUCCUUUCCUUUUUUUUUUUUUUGCAGCUCAUCUCUCACACUGUAAAAGAAAAAAAAAAAAACAAUAUGCAACAUAAA